AUGGCUUUCACUCGGCGCUUGACUCUCACUCCCUUCAGGCUCUGGAUCGUCUACAUGGUUGGACUCCUUGGGCUAUCUGGGCUCAUCAUGGCCGCUAUAUGUAUCCCAUCGCUCUCCCAGCCUCAGACAUACCAAGCACCUGAGCGUGGCACCCCCUCGGAGAUCACUUUAUCGGCCAAAGUCGUCUCAGUUGACCCAGUUGGAAGGACGAUUACCAUGGAUUGGUUCCCUGCUCUGUACGGGACAGUACUGAACUGCACUGAGCUAACCACGAGGCCCCUUGUCCGAGAGGUAUACAUGCCCUCAGUCCUCAUGGAUCGCGCAAGCCCAACCUGGCGACAAGAGGCACCUGAAGUACCUGUAUUCGUCUACAACAGUGACCAACUGUGUCCUAUCUGGCUUUGGCCUUCAGUCCUAUCAUUCAGGACUGUAACUAAGCUAUACUCGGUAUCAACUUCAAAAAAAUGGGAUAGCUAUGUUGCUUCUAGGGCUGCGCCUUACCCAGAAGACCGCUAUAUCGCACCCAUCGAUUUUACCGUUAGAAACCCGCAGACUGGAUCAUUGAGCACACCAACCGUGUUCAAUCUGACAUCCUCCUCACACGGCUAUGAAUUUACAUACACAGUCCUCGUGAACCCAGGCCUUCGCUCGGGAGAUGAAAGGCUCCAACUGACGAUGUCGAUUGCUCGGUCCCCGUCUACCAAGGUUGUUGCCUACACCACCCUGGCUCUGAGCUGGCUCAUGACGCUACCCCUCUUGGCGAUACUCGGACUCUCGCUCCUUCGGCCGAGUUCCUGGAAAGUUGGCCAUAUUGAAUUGGCCGCUCCAAUUGGAAUCCUACUCCUCCUUGUGACCACCCGAAACAAUCUUCUUGCUGGCCACGAGACCUUGGAGAAUGUGCUUGACACGUUUUGUUUCUUUCCGAUCCUGAUCCUCCUCUUUCUAUUGGCCUUCGUUGCACUCGUGAUCAGAGUGAACAAACUUGCUCGGGAUACCGUACCCUCCGCGAGGAAGGAUCAAGCCUCUGCUGCAACCCCUUCGAAUGGUUAG